AUGACCUUAGUGGGAGUGGCCUGCCGUGCUUUAUGUGAUUCAUAUUUACUUUUUCUUGCAGACUUAAGUAUUAAAAAUGUCAACCUGGAAAAAUCUGAGAACCUGGGGAAACACAGGACGGAGGACUUCAGCAGCUCCAAAGCCCUGGUGGUGCGGAGAGGAGCCCCGUUCAGAAUCAGCCUGCAGCUGGAGGGCCGACCCUUCAACUCCAAGACCGACUCCAUUAGGAUCAAAGUUAUGCUAGGGCGGCUGUAUGUGAUGAUGCCCGUCACCUUCUCCAAAAAGGUUUCUUCCUCUCAUUGGAAAGCCUACAUGGACCCAGAGGGCCUGGACCUCAUGAACCCCUCCAUCUUCAUCUCCUCUCCUGCCUCCGCCUCAGUGGGCUGCUACAGAUUCCAGCUGUAUGUGUUCACUGAGGGCAAACGGGGGAGACGUGUGUUCGGCAAAUUCAACCUGCUCUGCAAUCCCUGGUGUCGAGAGGACUCUGUGUACAUUCCCUUUGAGGACCAGAGAGAGGAGUACGUCCUGAACGACUCAGGGUUGCUGUUUAUGGGGACGCCUAUGAACCUUGUAUCGAGACCAUGGUCCUUUGAUCAGUAUGAGCCUGGUGUUCUGGAGACGUGCCUGAAUCUGCUCCAAGUCAGCCCUCAGCACCAAAGGAACAGAAGAAGGGACUACCUGAACCGAAACAAGCCGGUCUACAUCAGCCGGGUCGUGUCUGCCAUGAUCAACAGUGAAGACGAUCGUGGUGUUCUGAAAGGAAAGUGGGCCGGUAACUUUAAAGAUGGGGUGAAUCCCUCCAUGUGGACUGGGAGUGGGGACAUCCUGAGACAGUGGGCUGAGUCGGGUUACAGCCCAGUCAAGUAUGGACAGUGCUGGGUGUUUGCAGCUGUCAUGUGCACAGUCAUGAGAGUUCUGGGCAUUCCUUGCCGCGUCGUCACAAACUUCAACUCUGCUCACGACACAAAUGACAACCUGGUGAUUGAGGAGUUCUACUCUGAACAAGGGCAGAAGUUGAAGCUCAGCAAAGACAGCAUCUGGAACUUCCAUGUCUGGGUGGAGUGCUGGAUGACCCGCCAGGAUCUUGCACCAGGAAUGGAUGGAUGGCAGGUUCUGGACCCAACCCCCCAGGAGAGGAGUGGAGGAGUGUACUGCUGUGGCCCCGCCCCCGUCAAAGCAAUCAAAGAUCGGUGUAUAGACCUGCCAUUUGACGUGCCGUUUGUGUACGCUGAAGUGAAUGCCGACAUCCACAUGACCGUCCUGAGAGGGGAUCAGGUUCUCGGAUUCAGCAAAAACACAGAGAAGGUGGGGGCCUUUAUCUGCACCAAGGCUAUCGGCUACUCAAGACACCAGAACAUCACAGGAGACUACAAACAUGUCAAAAGUCCAACUUCAACACUUUCAUCAAGAAGUUCCUCAAGUUCAGGCGACUCAACUUUCAGUAAAGGCAUGCUUGUAUUCCUGAACCUGGAAAAAGCUCCUGUUGCAGGAGAGCCCGUCCGCUUCAUGGUGAGAAUCAUCAACAAGACGAACGCCGUCAAAAUGAUGAAGGUUCAUCUGAACGCCCAGGCUAAAGAGUACAAUAACAGCCCCUUAGACACCUUCUGGGAAACCCACGGUGCCAUUCAACUGGCCCCCAUGGAAGAAAAAGUUCUCCACCAGCAGAUCCUCCCAGCCGAGUAUGAGGACGUGGUGGGAGACGACCUCGUGAACCUGGCUGUGGUCCUGGAGGACAUGGGCAGCCGCGAGCUAGUCCUGGCCUCAGAGGAGUUCAACAUUGUCAGUCCACAGCUCAACAUCCAGAUUGCCGAUGAGGACGCCAUCACGCCACACAAAAAGCAGACUGCCACAGUGACCUUCACUAACCCGUUUUCUCACCCUGUGAGUGGAGUACUGACUGUGGUCGGGGCCAGGCUGCUCCAGGGAAAACUUCAGUUCAGGAUGCCCCCUCUCAUUCCAGGCGGAGGAGUGAAGCAGAGUAUCACCUUCGUCCCCACCAUGGGGGGAACAAAGAUGCUGCAGGCGAGUCUGUCGCUCACAAACAUGAACUCCACCAUCAGAGGCUUCAAGAUGAUUACUGUCAACAGAGCCUGAAGCUGUAUUUCAUCAUGUUUCUGUGCCUUUUAUUUGACUCAAGGGGUCACAUUUGGGAAACAUUACUAUACAUUUCUGAUAUUGUUGUUAUCUUGUCUCAGAAUUCGUUUUUUUUUAUACAGCACAUUGUCAAAACGUAAAAAGUCUUAGAACUGCAGCCAGGACACGGAUCACUGCUAACCCCUUUAUGUUAGUACUGCUGUAUCAACACUAAUGUGAAUGUAAAUUACGUUUAUUUGUGUUCCUAUUUAUUUUGCUAUUUAUGUGUUUGAGCUGUUUUAUCACAUU